CCGAUCACUCAACAACCCAUUUGCUAUAAAUCUUUAAACAAUAGACCCAUUUUUGCAUCAAAUACAUUUUCUUUAAUUAUAAAUCUUUUAAACAAGCAGUUGAAGAAUGGCCAUAGAUGAUGAGGUGGUUCUGCUAGAUUUCUGGCCAAGCCCUUUUGGCAUGAGGGUUAGGAUUGCUUUGGCAGAAAAGGGGAUCAAACAUGAAUACAGAGAAGAGAACUUGAGGAACAAAAGUGCUCUGCUUCUACAAAUGAACCCAGUUCAUAAGAAAAUCCCAGUUCUAAUCCACAAUGGCAAACCAGUUGUGGAGCAUGGCAAACCAGUUGUGGAGUCGCUUAUUGCUGUUGAGUACAUUGAUGAAGUUUGGAAGGACAAAACUCCAUUGCUUCCUUCCGAUCCUUAUCAGAGAGCACAAGCUAAAUUCUGGGCUGAUUUUUUCUGGGCUGAUUUUGUUGACAAGAAGAUAUAUGACCUUGGCAGGAAGACAUGGACGACAAAAGGAGAAGAGCAAGAGGCAGCUAAGAAGGAAUUUAUGGAGUCCCUCAAGAUUUUGGAAGGAGAGCUUGGAGAUAAGCCAUACUUUGGAGGAGAAUGUUUUGGCUAUGUGGAUGUGGCAUUUAUCCCAUUCUAUUAUUGGUUUUAUGCCAAUGAAGUGUCUGGAAAUUUCAGUGUAGAAGCUGAAUGUCCUAAGCUUAUUGCAUGGGUUAAAAGAUGCUUAGAGAAGGAGACUGUCUCCAAUUCUCUUCCCGACCAGAAAAAGAUCUAUGGCUUCGUUUUAGAGCUGAAAAAGGCCUAUGGAAUAGAUUAGAAAAGUUGGGGUCAGUCUUUUAUGUUUUAUCAUUAGAAUGUGAUGUGCUUUUUCUUUGUAAUAAAGAAGGUUAUUCUUUUCUACGCAUAAUGUUUGGGAACAGAAGAGAGAUUGCCUA